GUUGUUUGAUAUGUGAUCUCUAAUUCAAUGAACAAAUUUCUUGGUUCAUAGUCAUAAAGACUGACUUUCUUGUUUUAGUUUCAUCAGUGUAUUUCCUACUAAUUUGGCUUAAAUAAAAUUUAUAACUGUUAACGAAUAAUGAAUCCCAACAUGAAUAUGCACGGCAUGCAACAGAUGAACAUUGCCGCUGUUGGUGGUCCAAAUCCAAUGAUGCAGCCAGGGGUUUCGCCGGUUUCUAUGAUGCAAGCUUCCCCGCAACAACAAAUGCAAGGUCAAAUGCAAUCCCAAGUAUCGAAUGCUGCACAGCAACAGCAACAGCAGCAGCAGCAACAGCAGCAGCAGCAGCAACAACAGCAACAGCAGGCUGAAAAAAUGGACAACAUCCUAAAAGUCAAGAGUCUACUGUCGCCUUUGCGCGAGUCACUUUUUCUUACACUACGCACAGGAGCAUUCGCAUUGCAAGAACAUAAUUUAGCGGAUAAUCUUAAACGCGACACAGCGUCACAUGCAGCGCGAUUUGAAAAGCAUUUGGAAGACUUUUAUGCAUAUUGUGAUCAAAUUGAAUUACAUCUUAAAACAGCUAUCCAAUGUAUGCAACAGUUAUCAUCUGCACAACAUUAUUUACCGAGUGCAGUGACAGCAGCUCGCAUGGAACCCUAUAUGCAAGAAAAUCCCGGUGGACCUAUGACGUAUUCUACAUAUCUUAACAUUGUGCGCGUACAUGUGCAGUCAGCGAAAGACAUCCAUGAUACCUUAAUUAGUGCAGCACAAAAUAUAUCCCAAGCUGAUUGAUGAAUGCUUUAGAUCGAUAAGCUUUAAUGUCAAAAACAUACUGAUAAUGCUUGUUAGAUCAUUGUGAGGACAAAGGAUAAAUUUCAAAGUUAAAAUUUGUUUAAGAGGCGCAAAUAAAAUAGUGCUUAUAAAUAUAAA